UUUGGGAAGCCAAGGCGGGUGGAUCACGAGGUCAAGAGAUCAAGACCAUCCUGGUCAACAUGGUGAAACCCCAUCUCUACUAAAAAUACAGAAAAUUAGCUGGGCACGGUGGCGUGUGCCUGUAAUCCCAGCUACUCAGGAGGCUGAGGCAGGAGAAUUGCCUGAACCCAGGAGGCGGAGGUUGCGGUGAGCCGAGAUCGCGCCAUUGCACUCCAGCCUGGGUAACGAGCGAAACUCCGCCUCAAAAAAAAAAAAAAAGAAUAGAUCAUAGGGUGACAGGACAAGGAAUUCAAGUUAAGAUGCUGUUGUAGUCAUCCAGAUGAGAUGGUAGUGGCAUGGGAUUAGAGAAGUGGACGAAUUCAAGAUCUACUUGAGAGACUGCAGGAUUUACUGAUGGAUUGGAUGUAGAAGCUGUGGACAAGUGAAGAAUUAAAAUGACAUCUACUGAGAUGGUGAAAGUCAGAGGGGAGGGAAUCAUGAAUUCCAUUCUGGGCGUAUUUAAGUUUGCAGUGCCUUGUAGUCAGUCCAGAUAGAGACCAAGAGGCACUGGUUAUCAGUCGCAUCUCAGAGAGGUUCUGCCUGGACAUAUUUAUUUGGGAGCCAUCUUCAUUGUUAAAGCUAGGAAACUGGACAGCCACCCAAGGAGUGUGUCUGGAGGAGACCUAACCCCAACAUCAGAAGCUGGACAGAACAUGAGGACAUACAAGAAAAACUAAAGACUACAUGUGGAUCUGGGAAGCCAGGAGCAGAGACGCCUGUGAGAACGAAAUAAGAUGCUGGUUAUCGGCCGACCCCCAUUAGGCGCUCAAAAAGCUAUGUGUACUAUGUUGCUAGCAUCUUACAGCCAGGACUAAUCACAGAAACACCCACCCAACUCACACCGUGUUCCGACCCCCGCGCCGGACAGCCCCGCCCCAGCCUUCCCGGAGCCCUCUGGGGCUACUCAGCGGCGGCCAUCUUGACGGUGGGCAGCCGGCCGUGCGCCUGCGUGGUGACCUUUCCCGGCAGUCCUCGCUCGGUCGCUGAGGCGACAGUUUGGUGGGUGUCGGCGGCCACGAUGACCCAGGCUGAGAAGGGUGACACGGAGAACGGAAAGGAGAAGGGCGGGGAGAAGGAGAAGGAGCAACGCGGCGUGAAGCGCCCCAUCGUGCCCGCGCUGGUGCCGGAGUCGCUGCAAGAGCAAAUCCAGAGCAACUUCAUCAUUGUCAUACAUCCGGGUUCAACAACUUUAAGGAUUGGUCGAGCCACAGACACUCUUCCUGCCAGCAUUCCUCACGUCAUUGCACGAAGACACAAACAACAAGGGCAGCCCCUGUACAAGGACAAUUGGCUCUUAAGGGAGGGACUAAAUAAACCGGAAAGUAAUGAACAAAGACAGAAUGGACUUAAAAUGGUGGAUCAAGCAAUAUGGUCUAAAAAGAUGUCCAAUGGUACAAGACGCAUUCCUGUGUCCCCUGAACAGGCACGCUCCUACAAUAAGCAGAUGCGACCUGCAAUUUUAGAUCACUGUUCGGGAAAUAAGUGGACAAACACAUCUCAUCACCCUGAGUAUUUAGUAGGAGAAGAGGCCUUGUAUGUUAAUCCACUGGAUUGUUACAAUAUUCACUGGCCUAUCAGGAGAGGUCAGUUAAAUAUUCACCCAGGCCCUGGGGGCUCUCUUACAGCUGUUCUGGCAGAUAUUGAAGUAAUAUGGUCUCAUGCAAUACAAAAAUAUUUGGAAAUCCCACUGAAAGAUUUAAAGUAUUAUAGAUGUAUCUUAUUAAUUCCUGAUAUCUAUAAUAAACAGCAUGUGAAGGAACUAGUGAAUAUGAUACUAAUGAAGAUGGGUUUUUCAGGGAUCGUGGUCCAUCAGGAGUCUGUGUGUGCCACCUAUGGAAGUGGCUUAAGCAGCACAUGUAUUGUAGACGUUGGGGACCAGAAGACAAGCGUGUGCUGUGUGGAGGAUGGGGUGUCUCAUCGGAACACUCGGCUUUGUCUGGCAUAUGGAGGAUCUGAUGUGUCAAGAUGUUUUUACUGGCUAAUGCAGCGAGCUGGGUUCCCUUACAGAGAAUGCCAGUUAACAAAUAAAAUGGAUUGUCUUCUUCUGCAACACCUUAAAGAAACUUUUUGUCAUUUAGAUCAGGACAUCUCUGGGCUUCAGGACCAUGAAUUUCAGAUUCGACAUCCUGAUUGUCCUGCCCUGCUUUACCAAUUUCGAUUAGGAGAUGAAAAACUCCAGGCUCCAAUGGCUUUGUUUUACCCAGCAACUUUUGGAAUUGUUGGACAGAAAAUGACGACUUUGCAGCACAGAUCUCAGGGUGAUCCUGAGGAUCCUCAUGAUGAACAUUACCUGCUGGCCACACAGAGCAAGCAAGAACAGUCUGCAAAAGCUACUGCUGACCGAAAGUCUGCAUCCAAGCCUAUUGGAUUUGAAGGGGAUCUUCGUGGCCAGUCCUCUGAUCUUCCAGAAAGACUCCAUUGCCAGGAGGUAGAUUUAGGGUCCUCACAGGGAGACGGCCUGAUGGCCGGCAACGAUUCUGAGGAGGCCCUCACUGCACUGAUGUCCAGAAAGACUGCCAUCUCGCUGUUUGAAGGGAAAGCCCUGGGCCUGGAUAAAGCCAUCCUUCAUAGCAUAGACUGCUGUUCAUCUGAUGAUACCAAAAAGAAGAUGUACAGCUCCAUACUAGUGGUGGGAGGUGGUUUGAUGUUUCAUAAAGCUCAAGAAUUUCUGCAGCACAGAAUUCUCAACAAAAUGCCACCGUCGUUCAGGCGAAUUAUUGAAAAUGUGGACGUGAUCACAAGGCCUAAGGACAUGGAUCCCCGGCUGAUUGCAUGGAAAGGAGGGGCAGUGUUGGCUUGUUUGGAUACAACACAGGAGCUGUGGAUUUAUCAGCGAGAGUGGCAGCGCUUUGGUGUCCGCAUGUUACGAGAGCGGGCUGCUUUUGUGUGGUAAAUGGGGAGGAAAUGUCACCAUCAAAGACCAAAAACAAGCUUUUUGGUAUAAAGACUUACAGAAUAUAUGUUUUGUAAUUUAUUGAUGUAGAUGCUUAAGUGUCAUGGACAGUAAAUGAAUUUCAGCUAUAUAUUGGGCACAUGGCAUUGGUUUCAAAUUAUAAACUGCUUUUGAGCAGUUUAGUCAGGGCAUUUGAGAAUAAAUAGGAACUCAUUCUUCAGUUGUAAACUCUCUUGCCCUCUCUCAGGGUCUCAUAAACUCCCCAGUGAAGAGAAAGCUGCUAUUGAAGGUUAUGUGGUGAAGCCCCUCAUUUAAAUUGGCUCAUGAGUCUCAUCAGCAGGCAGCCUCAUAUGGAUGGUUAUCAGGGUUAGUGUGUCAUGAGGGAGAACUGUCCACUCAUGCCAUUUUCUCCCUUGUCUAGUGUUUCAUUAGGAUUUAAUGUUGUCUGAGUUAAAUGCACUUAUGACGUGACUCAUGUCCUCUUAGAAUCCCAAAUAGGGGGGAAAGUUUUGGUUGUUUUUGUUUUUUUUUUUUCAUUUUCUGUUGGAUUACAGAAAAAAAAAAAUUGGACCCAUUCAAGUCCAGAUUUCCAAAGGUAAAGAUUGUGUAUUCCCCACUUUCGUUAUCUUAAAAACAAUGAUUUUUUUUUUUGCAUGUAACAGGUUUUUCACCUAAGAUGCUAUUGAGUGAAUCAAUGAGGUGUUCUUAGAUUUAGUAUUCAUGAAUUAAACAUAGAAUAGUUAAACA